CUUAGUUUCUUAUCUCACGGCAUGAAUUAUUUGAAAGAAAAAGUUAUGGUAGCCUAUAUAAAAGGGUAUUGGGAUUUGGGUCUAUCUAUUGUGUCGCAAGUUUACUAGCCAGAGACUAAAGAAAGUCACUCACUAGGCUGUUUUCUGCUCAAGGUUUUGUGACAAGAUGUUGAGAUUCAACAUAGCAAGUGACAAGUACAAUGUAUUUCUCCAACAAGUACGAGACUGGGCAAAGGAUCCAAACAGGUUUUCCCAUGGUCGACCUGUGCUUCCAUAUCCCCCUCCAACCAUGCAACAAGCACAGUAUACCGACAUCGAACUUCGAGCCAAAGAUGAUAAACAAGUAGAAAGAGUCCUAACUGUGAAACUCAGACGCCAUGACCUCUACAUUAUAGGGUAUCGUAUGGAAGGAGCAAACAACUGGCUUGAAUUCAAAUGGGAAGAUCCAAAACUAAAGCUAAUUCCCAAUUCCGAAUCUCUUGGAUUCGGGGAGAACUAUGAUAACUUAGGUAAGCUAGAAAAUCUCGAAAAAGUCGGGUAUACUACACUCAAAAAAACUAUUGCUGAUCUUGCUGUAACCCGAGACAGCAACACCCGGAAGUCGUGUUUGCGUGUUUUAGCUGUUAUGAUACCGGAAGCAGUCAGAUUUCAGAAACUGUCUGAUCCUUUUAGCACUGCUAUGCAAAAUCUAAGUGAUAUAAAAUUCGAUGAGGUUUGGAUGGAAGAACUUAUCAAAAGUUGGGGAAACUUAUCGGAUAUGUUAUUGCGCGAGGAUCAGUACGCAAUUUACUUCCGUCUACCAAGAGAUAAAGAGACUAAUCAACCGAAUAUCCUCACACGAACAAAAGAGAUAGGAAUUGUGACAUCCAUGGAUGCUGCUAAGUGUAUUGCCCUGUUAAAAGGGAAUUACCCUGCACCCAAACUCCAAUUCGCUGCGUUUUCACCUGUUUCUAAUGCUCCUAGUACUUCCAUUCGAGGUAAAGGAUUACCGCUACUUCAAGUUUACUCCGUCUACAUCAACAAUCUUGUCGGAGAAAUUGAAUUGUAUGGAAAGGUACAAAUCGAUGAUGGGUUAGGUACCUUCCAUUUGUACAAUCGACAGAGAACUAGUUACGAGUCUAUUCAAGUGUCCGAGGGUGUCACGCUUUCUGGACCCUAUCGCGGUACAUCAGCUAGUCAGUACUUUGAAGUGAAUCUCGAUCUUAAAAAACGAGGUAAUUCUGUUGGUUUAGAUGUAGAUAUAAGUAAGGGAAGUUUUUCUUGGGAUCUUUGUCAGCUUAGCAAUAACAAUUACUAUGACAAACAAUUGUCUUAUGUUGUGCACGGUAAAAAUAGUUCGGCCACAGUUUAUUACACCCCAUUUCGCGAUGCUGUGCAGGCUAACGUAGAAGUUGUGCUCAUAAAUGGAGAUGGUAAGGACCCGGCUGAAGUGUAUGGAAGUAUGGUUGCUCGUUAUAGCAACUACAACGAUCAAAGUAAGUACUAUCAAAGCGUACUUUUUAGCAAGUCGAGUAAAGAUUGUGUGAAAGUGAAGGCUGGGAACUCGAUUCCAUUGUCGAGGUUUGUUGUAGCUGUGCCUACUUUAGGGUCACUUAUUGUUGAUGCAAACUUUUGUGUUAGUUCUGGUAAAGAAAUUGCUAAGGGGAUUGCUGAGUUUCCUCCUCAGUUGGAUGGUAAGACUGUUAGAGAUAUCAAGGGGACAUAUGGCCUAGUUCGAGUGACCGUGUCUUGGAAGGGUCGGAUCUCUGAUGAUUGAUUGAUCGAUGAGUAUACUCUUCUGUUUUAUUUAUUUUGCGACGUUGUGGUUUUUGGGGUGAGAGUGUUAUGAUGAUAAAUAAAGCAAAAUGAAUGGAACAAUAUGUAAUGUUUUGUUUAUGUUUAUGAGUGAUUGUAAUAAUGAUUUGUACUUCUAUUGUGGGAAAAUCAUACCAUUUUACUUGGUAAUAAAUAACUGUGGGAGUAGAUUUAAGUCUUGAAAUGCCAAAGUUGUACUCCCUCUGUUUCUUU